UUGCUGCUGUUGUCGAAUGCUGGAGGAGCUGCUUACUGGAUACUCGGAUGCUGGGAGCCGAACACUGAAGCUGGGAGCUGAUUGCCGAGUGUCGAUUGCCGAGAGUCGAAUGCCGAGAGUCGAAUGCCAGAGAGUUGAUCGCCGAGAGUCGAAUGCCGAGAGUCGAAUGCCGAGAGUCGAAUGCCGAGAGUCGAAUGCCGAGCGUCGAUUGUCGAGAUGGCACCUGGCUCCUCAUUGCGACCCCCACCAUGGCAGACCAGACCAGACCAGCAGACAAGGCAUCCAACCGAAAGGACACUACCAUAUUUCUAUGGCGAGAAACCGAAAAGGAUUUCUCCGUCCUCUGAUCUCGCCUGAAGAUCGGUUGUGGCCAACACCGUUGAACGCCAGACUGGACAGCCCAAAGCAGGGACCGGUU